AUGCAACCUUCGAUGACGAAUACCGACCGGCCGGUGUCAAUUCUAUUCGGACCACAGUGUGAAGACGUCAAGAAAGCCGCUUCAGAGAUUCGAACACGUCUCGCAGUAGAUGACUCUGUCAACUUCAUUGUUGAAGCCUUGGAAGAUCUUCCAUCCGCAUGGUCGGGAAUAAUCGAAGCUUGGGCGCCGCUUUCUGAGAUCCCUGGCGAAAGGCAACUCCAUGUGCUCACAAAAUGCUUAACUACCUCCACGUCCGAUGCUCCAGUUGAUCCUACGAAUGUGCUCCUGACACCACUCACUGUCUUGGAGCACAUAUUGAAGUUCACAAAGAUUAAAGAAGAAAUGGGAAACCAGAUCAUCAACACCCAAGGGUUUUGCGUGGGAUUCCUGGCGGCUGUCGUGGUCGCUUGUUCGGAAAAUAAGGAGGACUUGAAGUCACUCACGAGAAGUGCACUGCAUUUAGCAGUAUCAAUUGGUGCAUUGGUGGACCUCGAUGAGUUGACAAAUGGUCGAUCGCGAUCUAUUGUUGUACGCUGGAAGAACCUGUUAGGGCGCAAGGCGUACCAAAAGAUUCUAUCAUAUUAUCCAGGGGCGUACACAUCAUGUGUUGUGGACACGGACAGUGUCACAAUAACUGCCCCCGAAGAGAAAAGUGCCAAUAUAAUCCAUGAUCUCACAGCUUCGAAUUUGACUGUCAAAGUCAUCGGAUUAAAAGGAAGAUUCCACAAUGAUACACACAGACCUGCUGUUGACCGACUUAUCGAAUAUUUCUCGAACGAUGAGCGUUUUUCGGUUCCCAGCUCGCGCAUGCCGGGAUUGGGCCUUCGGUCAAAUGUGGACGGUGAAGCAAUUCGGGGAGGGAACAUAUGCGCGGUUGCACUGGAAUCGAUAUUGGUGGCGCAGUGCAAAUGGUUAGCCACUGCUGCAGGGACUCUGGACUCCAUGCGUCAACAUGAUGAUCAACCUCGGUUCGUCAUCAUUGGGCCGAAUUCUCUUAUCCCACGAAGCAUCAGGAACCAGCUCGCAGAUCAACCCGUUACCAACAGCAUCGAUCAGCAUGUAAACCAUGUCUCAAAUGGUCUUACCAACGGCAUCGCCCCGUUGGAAGUGGAAAAUGAUGCCCAAGUCAAUGGAAUGACCACGCAAGGUCAUGAUGAGCCAACAGGAAUGCCAAUUGCAAUCGUGGGAAUGGCUUGUCGGUAUCCACAGGCUGACUCGGUGGAGAAGCUGUGGGAGAUGCUCGAGCUUGGCCGAUGUGCGGUUAGUGAACUGCCCAACGAGCGAUUCAAGAUGAAUGAGUUCGGGCGGAAACCCGACGGGCCUUUUUUUGGGAACUUCCUAGAGGAACCAGAUACCUUUGAUCAUCGCUUCUUUGGAAUUUCGGCGAGAGAAGCGGAAUCCAUGGAUCCUCAGCAGCGUCUGCUCUUGCAGGUGGCAUAUAAUGCGAUGGAGUCCGCCGGGUAUUGUGGACUUGAGUCUUCCUCGAUUACAUCGGACAUCGGUUGUUAUGUCGGCGUCGGCUCUGACGACUACACAGACAAUGUCGGAUCACGAGAUUCAAAUGCCUUUUCAGCAACUGGAACUCUCCAAGCAUUCAAUAGCGGCCGUAUCAGUCACUUUUUCGGAUGGAGCGGGCCCUCAUUAACCAUCGACACAGCUUGCUCGUCAGCAGCCGUAGCGCUCCAUCUGGCAUGCAAGGCACUACAAGCCAAGGACUGUUCUAUCGCUAUGGCUGGUGGUGUGAAUGUCAUGACGAGUCCGAAGGUCACUCAGAAUCUCGCGGCGGCAUCUUUUCUUUCUCCCACGGGUGCCUCGAAGGCGUUUGAUGCUAGCGCCGAUGGAUAUUGCCGGGGAGAGGGUGCCGGACUAGUUCUCCUCCGACCAUUAGAGGAUGCCAUCCGAAACAAAGACACCAUUCUCGCUGUCAUUGCUGGAUCAGCCGUGAACCAAGGAUCUAAUUGUUCGCCUAUCACGGUUCCAGUAUCAAACUCCCAACAAACUUUGUAUCGCAAGGCUCUCAAGGCUGCGGGAAUCUCGCCUCACAAAGUGAGCUACGUGGAGGCACACGGCACUGGCACCCAAGUGGGAGACCCGAUCGAGUUCGAUAGUAUCCGGCAAGUCUUUGGUGGUCCCAGUCGAUCGGAAAAGCUAUACGUUGGCUCUAUCAAGGACAACAUCGGCCAUACAGAAACAUCGUCAGGAGUCGCCGCCUUGUUAAAGACAGUUUUAAUGAUUCAGAAUUCUCGGAUUCCAAAACAGGCUAAUUUUACCCAGCUGAAUCCUAAGAUCCCCGCUUUCCAACAUGAUAAUAUGAUUAUUCCACAGCAGUCUGUCAACUGGAAUGGGCACCGUCGUGUCGCCAUGGUCACGAAUUAUGGCGCUGCGGGAAGCAACGCAGCAUUACUUGUUCAAGAGUACGAGCCGCGACGCGACAAUGCAACCCACGCGUAUCAGAAAUUAUCUGAAGUCCCGAUCUUCCUUUCGGCCAAGACUCCCGAGUCUUUGAAGUCUUACUGCGUUGCGGUUCAACAGUUUAUCAAUGGACGUGCACCGGAAUCGCUGGGAUAUAUUGUACAGGACGUAGCGUACAACUUGGCGAAGAAGCAAAACCGAAAUCUGGACUACAUGGUCUCACUUUGUGCAGAUUCUCGGAAUGCACCUAGCCUCCUUUCGCAGCUGAACUCGGUGAUUUCGAACUCUGCAAUCAUUCAAAAGAACCCAGCGCGCUCAAAUCCCGUCAUCCUCUGCUUUGGUGGACAAACCGGAGCCACAACUAGCAUCUCGAAAGACUUGGUUGAAUCCAAUGAACUUCUCAAGUUCCAUCUGAUGGAAUGUGAGCGCACAUGCGAGUCAUUGGGCCUACCAAGUCUUUUCCCGGUGAUUUUUGAGCAAGCCCCAAAAUUAGACUUGGCUUCCCUCCACUGCAUGCUCUUUUCUAUUCAGUAUGCAUCGGCGAAAUCCUGGCUAGAUUCUGGUCUGAAGGUAGAGCGAUUAGUAGGACAUAGCUUUGGCCAACUCACAGCCCUUUGUGUCGCUGGCAGCCUCAGUCUAGCUGACACCAUGCUGCUUAUAUCAUCUCGGGCCACUCUUAUCCAGAGUAGCUGGGGACCGGAGAAAGGGAAGAUGCUUUCUAUGGAAGGCUCAGUUGAUGAUAUUAAAUCGCUUCUGGAUUCUACGAAGGAUACAGUGGACAUUGCUUGUGUCAAUGGGUCACGAGAUAUCGUGCUCGCCGGCAACGAAGCCUCUAUUGACCAUAUUGAAAAGUCCAUUGCUGCCCAAUCGCUUCCAAUUCGCGCGAAGCGUCUUGGAAGUACCCAUGGUUUUCACUCCAGAUUGGUGGAUGCGAUCAUCCCAGGGUUGAAAAAAGUCGCGCAAUCAUUGACCUAUCAUAAGCCAAAAAUUCCGAUUGAGGCUUGCUCUGAGUCAGACGAUUGGUCUUUUGUUGACGCAGAUAAGAUUGCUAACCAUAGUCGCAAUGCCGUUUGCUUCAAGGCUGCUGUAGAACGAGCUGCACAGGCAGCCAAAGGGUCUGCUGUGUGGUUGGAGGCGGGUUCUGCCUCCCCAGUCAUCCCAAUGAUUCGAAGAAUAAUCCAACGUUGGAAGGGAUCCGACGGCCACUUCUUCCAAGCAAUGAACCUGGAGGGGCCACAGGCACAGCAUAACCUUGCGAACGCUACAUCGAAUCUCUGGCUCAAGGGCGUGAGGGUACAGUUCUGGGCUUUCCAUGAUUACCAGAGUUCCUCUUACAAGUCACUGAACUUGCCACCUUACCAAUUUGAGAAGGCCAAGCAUUGGAUUGAAUUUGACCCUGGCGCUUUUGCCCCACAGCAGCCGCCAGUGCUAUCGCCCGAACGAGAUGACGAGCUUGUCAAUAUUAUCGAGCAGAAAACAGAUGAAGCGCUCUUCUCUGUGAACACAUCUCACCCGGUGUAUCACCUGUGUGCUACUGGCCAUGCUGUAGUUGGCCAGCAUUUAUGCCCUGCCUCCCUUUAUGUUGAAAUUCUGCUGAAAGCAGUGAGCAAGCUUAGCAAGGGAGAUCUGUCCGGAAUGAUGCCACAACUUCAAAAUCUCAGCAUCUGUGCUCCAUUGAUUUUGGAAAGUGAGGGUGAUGUUUUCCUUCGGCUGUCACAGAAUCAUAUUCAAAAGAAUUGGUCAUUCAAUCUCUUCACUCGCCAGAAGCCCCCAGCGACAGAAACUCAUGCGACUGGCGAGAUUGGACUGCACAAGGUCGAUGGACCGUCACAAUUUGUGGCCCGUUUCAGAUCGCUUGGUCGCCUUAUCACUUCUUCUCGAUCCCAUGACAUCACUAAUUCCCCCAGAUGCUCUGGACUGAUGGGGUCCACUGUGUAUUCUACCUUUGAUCGAGUCGUCAAAUACGCUGAUUACUAUCACGGAGUGCGCAAAGUCUUUGCAAGCGGCCAUGAAGCAACAGGUUCCAUUUUGCUGGAGUCUCAAACUUCUGACGGGAUUUGCGAUCCCAUUCUUGUGGACAACUACCUUCAAGUGGCUGGAUUGCAUGUCAACUGUCUGUCUCAAGCUCGGAAUGAUGAGGUGUUCGUAUGCAGUGGCAUCGGAGACAUUUUCUUCAGCGACUCUUUCAUCGGUCAGGAUGGCAAGCCGGCCAAUUCUAGCACAGUUUAUACCAGCUAUGACCGGCCAUCUCCAAAGCAAGCCAUGUGUGACAUCUUUGCCUUUGACACGGAGACCGGAAAAUUGUUGGUUGCUAUCAUGUCCGCCACGUUCACCAGCCUUUCCAUGGUCACUCUGACCCGUGCCCUGAAGCGUUUGAAUAAGAACGUGAACGAUGCAGAUACGGAGCCAAAGGGAUCUCUUUCGCAACAGAAGCCACAUAUGGAGUCCAGCGACAAUUUACAAACUGUACAAUCCGAGCCAUCCGGUUGCGGCCAUCUUCGAGCUAUCCAAGAGAUGUUCAAUACUUUGUUGGGUAUUCCGCUCGAGGAACUUCUUCCAUCAUCUGGUCUCGAGGACAUUGGCGUGGACUCACUUAUGCGAACUGAAGUGCUAUCUGAGAUUAAACAACGAUUCGGCGUUGAUCUCUCUUCAGCGGCUUUAAUGGAGGUCCCCGACAUCCAAAGCCUGGUGCAGAUGAUAUUCCCAGACAUGUCUCCCAAUACUCCAACUGGCCCCUCCGUAUCACAAAUGGCAAUAGAGCCAUCCUCAGAGGAAAAUAUCACUCCAAAUGGGGAGUCCCAUCAGGUCACAACAGUCGAGGAGUCUCGUGAGCUGGCAGAGCUAUCUCGGAGUAUCUUUAGAGACAUCAGGCACACUACAGCUCACAGCGACAAGACACAGUGGACUGGAUUCUGUGAGACUGUCCACCCGCAACAGAUGACUCUUGUGACAGCUUAUGUGAUUGAGGCUUUCCAGGCCUUGGGAAUUCCUCUGGAAACUCUCAAAUCCGGCGAUUUCAUCCCCGAACUACCCGUGUUGCCUCAACAUCAACAGGUAAAAGGCCAACUAUAUUCUAUCUUGGAAUACUCGAGGUUGGUGCGCAAACGGGGCGAUCUUUAUUUGCGAACCGACGAGCCUAUCCCUGCAACCCCAUCAUCAGUUCUGCAUGAAAAAAUCAUUCAAAUGUUUCCCCGUCACGUUCCAGAACACCAGCUUCUUCGUACCACAGGAUCCAAGCUAGCUGCUUGCUUGACAGGGGAUACCGAUCCUUUGGCUAUUCUCUUCCAGGACAAAAAAGCACGCGAACUGAUUGGAGAUGUUUACACACACGCACCGAUGUUCUUCUCUGCGACCAUGCAUCUGACCCAGUUCCUCCGCUCCGUCCUCAGCAAUUGCGACCCUUCAAGGCAGAUCAAGAUUUUGGAAAUCGGUGCCGGCACCGGUGGCACGACUGGAUUUCUCUUAUCUCAACUUGCGGAUAUCUCUGAACUCAAGUUCCAGUAUACGUUUACCGACCUCUCAUCCUCUCUGAUUACAUUGGCCCGCAAGAAGUUUAAGGCUUAUAACUUUAUUCACUACACCACUCUGGAUAUUGAUAGGGAUCCUCCUCAGAAUAUGCUUGGGCAGUAUGAUAUCAUUUUAUCAUCGAACUGCGUGCAUGCCACCCCCAAUAUCAGCAGAUCGACCGAGAACAUCCGCAAGCUGCUCAAGCCAGACGGGAUUCUAUGUCUCAUUGAGCUGACCCGUAACCUCUUCUGGUUUGAUCUCGUCUUUGGUCUGCUUGAGGGCUGGUGGAAGUUUGAUGAUGGGCGAGAGCAUGCUCUGUCAACUGAGCACAACUGGGACAAGGCUCUUCGUCAGGCUGGGUAUAAUUGGGUAGACUGGAGUGACAACCACUCCAAAGAGUCAGAAAUACUACGGCUAAUUGUCGCUUCGCCAGCCAACAUGAGCUUCGAUCGGGAGACCCUUGUCACUGAGGAGACGGUUACUUUUGCCGAGAAGGAUGGUGUUAAGCUUCAAGCAGACAUUUACUACCCUGCUGAAGUGGAUACAAGAUUGAAGCCUCGGCCUAUCGCUCUGAUGAUCCAUGGUGGCGGCCAUGUUAUGCUUUCCCCGCAAGGACGUUCGCUCAAAGCAGACCAAGAUAAGUCUCUCCUUGAGGGGCCUAUGCAAGAUUGUCGUGAUGCUCUCCACUGGGCUCGUUCCGAGCUUCCCCAGUUACGCCUUCUGCGCAACGAUGUUAAACCAGACGGUGAUCAGGUCGUCGCUGUUGGGUGGUCAACUGGUGGGCACCUUGCCAUGACCCUUGGUUGGACACCGUCUGAGAUCGGUGUCCGUUCACCAGAAGCAAUCCUCUCGUUCUACAGUCCAACUGAUUACGAAGAUGAUUUUUGGACCAAGUCUAACCUUCCAUUCGAUCAACCUGCUCCUCCAGAGGCAUCAUAUAAUCCAUGGGAGGCAAUAUCGGAUACUCCGAUUACUUCCUACAAUCCCUCGGCGGCUAAGGCUGGGUGGAUGUCCCCUCAUGAUCCUCGAAGUCUGAUCGCGUUGCAUAUGAAUUGGAAGGGGCAGACGCUGCCUAUCUUGAUGAGCAAGAAACGCCCCAACAAGUCAGGUUCGGUCGAAUUAAAUUUUCCAUCGCCAGAGGAAAUUCAAGCUAUCAGCCCUCUUGCUCAGAUUCGAGCAAAGAACUAUCACACUCCCACAUUUAUAGUUCAUGGGAUGCGUGACGACCUGAUUCCCAUUUCCCAAACGCAGAGGACAACCUCUGCUCUCUCUGUUCAGGAUGUUGACUCUGAUUUCCGGGUCAUUGACGCAUUACACCUGUUCGACAUCUACCCUGAGAACAAACAAACUAAUGAUGAACUGCAAUCUGUUGUGGACGGUUACAAGUUCUUGUCGGACCAUGUCCAAUGA